AUCACACCACGCCCUUUCCUCUCCGGGCUACGCGACGCGGGCAGGGACCAGAAAGGGCAGCCGCGGCCGCGCGGUCCCUCCUCCUCGCUUAGCCAUUUCUGUUGUUGAUUGGUCCGUUUUCGGGAGGAGAGGGGAUCGAUCGAGCUCCGCCAGAGGCAGGAAGGAUGGUGCGGGGGAAGACGGAGAUGAAGCGGAUAGAGAACGCGACGAGCCGGCAGGUGACCUUCUCCAAGCGCAGGAACGGGCUGCUCAAGAAGGCCUUCGAGCUCUCCGUCCUCUGCGACGUCGAGGUCGCCCUCGCCGUCUUCUCCCCUCGCGGCAGGCUCUACGAGUUCUCCAGCACCACCAGCUUGCAGAAAUCGAUUGACUGCUAUAAGGCUUAUACAAAGGAUAAUAAUGUUAAUAACAAGACAGUACAGCCAGAUAUACAGCAAGUCAAAGCCGAUACUGUAAGCUUGGCAAAGAAACUUGAAGCUCUUGAAGUUUCGAAGCUAAAGAUCUUGGGCGAAAAUUUAGGAGGGUGCUCUGCUGAAGAACUGAACUGUCUAGAAGUAAAUAUUGAGAAGAGUCUCCACAUCAUCAGAGGAAAGAAGACCCAGGUGCUCGAACAGCAGAUAGCUAACCUGAAAGAGAAGGAGAGGACGCUUCUCAAAGACAACGAAGACUUGCGCGGAAAGCAGCGCGACAUUGAGGCGUCGCUGGUGGUUCCUGCCCUGAACUGCGUCACGCCCCUGCAGAUACGUGGCCAGCUGGCACCACAGCAGGAGCCGGUACCGAGCGAUGAGGAGACGGAGCUCUACAUUGGGUUGCCCGGGGUUCGCUGCUCCAACUGGCGGUCAGGUCAAGCCAAAUAGCUAAUCAGCCGGAAGAGAACCUCCGACGACUGAAGGUGAAACGCCAGUACACCGAUUGUUUCUUGCGCAACGACCGGCAAAUGGAACUAGGGGAGGCAUUCUUAUGCUAUGGGACGCAAACCUCCUGGAUGUGACGAACAUUGUGGCCUCGACCUACUGUCUCUCAGCCAUGGUUCGGAUCCGCAAAACAAAUGUCUGCUUUAAGGCCACAUCUGUCUAUGGACUUACCGACUCUACUUGUAAAGAUGCCUUCUUUGCCGAGUUGAUUAGCCAUAAACCGCUGCCUGGGGUGGGUUGGUUGGCCUUCUUGAGACUUAAACCAGAUCUAUCGGGCUAGGGACAAGAACAAAAGAAACAUCAACCGGAGCAGAAUUAACCGGUUCCGUGCCGCUUCGCAGUCCUGUGAACUCAAAGAGAUUCAUCUUCAAAAUAAACGUUUCGCCUGGAGUAAUGAGAGGGAGUAAUGAGAGGGAGUAAUGAGAGGGUGAACCCGACUCUAUGCAAGCUAGACUCCUUUUGUAAUGUUGAAUGGUAUACAACAUUUGAUACACAUGUCUACAUGCCUUGUCGUCAUCCCUCUCUGACCACUGCCCUCUCCUGCUCGCCGAUGACGGGGCCGU